GGCUCUUCUAGUAUUUACGGUCGUCGCUCCUUUUUGGUAAUGUCAACAGCAAGGCAGAUACUAUAAUCAGCAGCCGGGCGAAAUGAUUUGCCUCAAUCCUCUUAUUGCACUAAACGUAACUAUAGCUUCGUCAGAUUCAAGUGAGAUGCCAUAUAGCUAGUCAUAUUACUCGCCGCGGCAGCUAAAAGUUUAAUCUGAAUUCUGUUUUCAGAGUGAACUGGAGAUGUCUAGCAGCACCCAGUUGAACAUCCGACAGUGGACCACCAAGCAUGUAGCCAAGUGGCUGAAGGACGAGGGCUUCUGCCACUAUGUAGACCUGCUGUGCAACAAGCACCGUCUGGAUGGCAUGUCCUUACUCACCCUCAGCGAGUACGACCUACGCUCUCCCCCGCUUGAGCUCAAGGUGCUGGGGGACAUCAAGAGGCUGAUGGUGUCCCUCCGCAAGCUGCAGAAACAAAACCUGGACAUCCUGGAGGAGCUGGGGGUCCCGUUCGACGGACACUCCCCUCAGGGUGGCGGUGGGGACUGGCACUGCAAUGGAGACUCCAGUAGAGAGUGUGAUAACUCUAACACAGACACUGCACCGGUUGGGGAGCAGUAUCUUCAGUAUACAAAUGGGAAGUACAAGCAUGGAGGGAGCAGGAGGCUGGACCCUGAGUACUGGAAGACUGCGCUUAGUGCCAUCUAUGUUGUGUUCGUUUUUGGAUUUACCUCCUUCGUCAUGGUGAUCGUGCACGAGAGGGUGCCGGACAUGCGCACCUACCCGCCCUUGCCAGACAUUUUCUUAGACAGUGUACCUAGAAUACCAUGGGCCUUUGCCAUGGCAGAGGCAUGUGGAGUGAUCCUGUGUAAUAUCUGGCUGCUAGUUCUGCUGCUGCACAAGCACAGGUCAGUUCUGCUGCGGCGCCUGUGCAGCCUCAUGGGGACAGUGUUCAUGCUGCGUUGCAUCACCAUGUUCGUCACCUCUCUGUCAGUGCCAGGACAGCACCUGCAGUGCUCAGGAAAGAUUUAUGGUGACAUGUGGGCAAAACUGCAUCGAGCUCUGGCCAUCUGGAGUGGAUUUGGAAUGUCUCUCACAGGUGUCCACACAUGUGGUGACUACAUGUUCAGCGGUCACACAGUGGUCAUCACCAUGCUCAACUUCUUUGUGACAGAAUACACACCAAGGGGUUGGAACUUCAUCCACACCUUAUCGUGGGUCCUAAACUUGUUUGGGAUCUUCUUUAUCCUGGCGGCCCAUGAACACUACUCCAUCGACGUCUUCAUAGCUUUCUACAUCACAACCAGGCUUUUCCUGUACUACCACACGCUGGCUAACACCAGGGCCUACCAGCAGAGUCGCAGGGCCCGCAUCUGGUUCCCCAUGUUCUCCUUCUUCGAAUGCAACGUCAACGGCCCUGUGCCCAACGAGUACGGCUGGCCCUUCUCUAAACCUGCCAUGAUCAGGAGGAUGAUUGGGUACUAGGUGUUAGAGGACACCUGUCUGCGACGCAGCCAGAAGGACAUUGAUCUCAUCUAAUAGACACUACUGGUGACUUUGAGCCCUGUCGUGCUAUUUUUGCUACUGCCCUCUGAAAGAAGUUGCUAACUGUGGUUAUGUGAUAUCAACUUUAUAUUCCAAUAUCUACAAGAGAUUGCUAACUGAGAUGGCUUGUGGGAUCCUAUUGGUGCCAUGGUGUGACCGGGUACAGACAGAGAUGUGACUCCUCAUAUUCUGUCCCAUGUCAGCCUGUUAAAAGGGAUUAAAGUAAGGCCUGUGUCUAAAUUGACAACCUAUUCCUCAUGUAAUGCACUACUUUUGACCAGGGCACAUAAGGCUCUGAUCAAAAGUGGUGCACUACAUAGGGAAUAGGGUGCCAUUUGGGACUCAUCCUUUCAUCAAUUUUCUCUCUUCAUUUGUAUAGGGAUACGUUUAAAAAAAAAAUAAUGUCCCACAACUUUUGCCACAAGAUCAAUAAUCUGGUUACAGAUAUGUAUGUGCUUUAGUCAGUGGCUCUUCUGUUAUGGUAUACAUUCUGUUUAUGGCAUGACGACAAACUCGACAGAGGAGUUAGUCAAUUCCUCUUCUGUUGUUAUGGUAUACAGUCUGAUUAUGGCAUGACGACAAACUCGACAGAGGAGUUGACUAAAGCACAAACUGAUCUGCUACUACCAGGCUACCAUUUCAAUGCUUAAGGGCUCAGACACACCAAUAGGGUUUGCUGGUCGGGAGUAGUUAGCACCUCUGAACAUAAUUUGCAAACCAAGUGCACACUCAUUUUACAUGUAGAAUUGCUUGAAAAAUGUGAAUGAUCUGCAGACUAACGCUAGAUGCACAUGUGUUGCAAUGUGUGUGAGCCUUAAAAGCUCUUGCAGUCUGUUAGAUAAUGGGGGGAACAGCAAGCUAUAGGUUUGGGGAAACAUAAAAGCAGAAUUCUCAGGCAGCCUAUUGUAACCAAACACAUUAUUUUAAGUCAGUAAAGUUUGUUGAAAUCUAAAAUUCAACAGCGUUAGUGAAAUAGGCUAUUGUGUGUUCACUAGAUAUCCUGAGAAGUUAGGGCACUUUUCAUAAUAUUAUUGACAUGUUACUUUCAAUGUUUUAUCUGGAUUCUAGUUCUAAUACAAGUAUGGACCACCUUAAAGGCAAUAUCAAAACGUCACAGAUGAUACUGUUGCUGAAUUUAUGUAUAGCAAUAUCAUUGUUCAAGAUGUUGUGACUGGUCUUGUUACUUGUUUGCCAUUGUUUCUUUAGGUAGUGUGUAAAGCUUCUGCUUUCCUUAAGACACUACUGUGGUUUGACAGUAUUACUAGAAUGCUGAUUGAGUCAUUCAUGGCUCAUUUUGAAAUGAACUGUUUUGGUUUCCUUUAUAAUAUUUGUAUUGUUCAGUUAUUAUCCUGCCUUGUCCUAAAAGACCUUACCGUAACCAGGGUCGUUACUUAGGAGAUCGCAAAAAGCAGCCAAAACUAUGGAAUGGAAAAUGGUGAACAAUUGUUUUAAAUACCAUUCCAUUUGCCAAUAGCUUUAGUUGUUAUAGUAACAUUGUAUGUGUAGGUAAUGCAUAUCUCAAAUAUUGCAUUUUUUUGAGUUUUGUACUAGCUUGUAAUUGACCAAGAUUCACGAUAAGAAUAACAUACAAGGAUAUCUACAAAGUAAUUGGGGGAAAAAAUGUAUUUUUACUUCUUCCAUAGAUCCCUUGGACUUACUUUUGACUGCAUCUUAAUUUAUUUCAUUUGGUAUAUGUAAAUACCAUUUUUUUAAUAGGUAUUUGAUGUACUAAAAGGUUAUUGCAACAUGCACUUAAGCAGGAAUAUGUUUACAGUUGUGCGGAACUAUAUUUGUUUGAAACACAAUGUGCUUUUAUGUAUAGGAUUUAUUUCAGAAUCACCAUUUCACCCAAAUCAUUGAAAACAAAUGCAAAGCAUCACAAAGUCCCCCGCAGUAACUCAAAUCGGGUCUGAAACUGCCAUUGAUGGUAUUGGUUACAACCCGCUUAGUACAUAUUUGUAAAACAAUGAAGUAUUACUUCCCACUGGGCACAAACGCGAGUUCAACAUCUAGUUAUGAUUUACAUUUGAUUGUGUCGUCGACUAAACAUGAAAUUAUACAAUUCCUGAAAUUCCUUCACGUUUGAUAACAUUUUGCAAAUCCAAUCAGUUUUCCACGGUGAUUCAACGUCAUCACAUUUGAAUGUUUUUAUUGAAAUGGCAUAGAAAAAUGUUGUAUCAAUCAGUUUGAGUCCAGUGGGUUUUGUCCUAUAUCCAUCCCAUCAUGUUUUAUUUUGAAUUUCAGCUGUGGAAUAGUUACUUGUACUACUAGGCCUAGAUCGUAACCUGUUACUAGCUGAGUCUUUACCUUUCCUCCCCCCACCUUUCUUAUAAUUCCAACUAGUUCCUAAUGCAUAAAUCUUUUGGUUUGAGUAAUGCCAGCUCGUGUGCAUGCUAGCUAGGUAGCUAGCUGCAAAUUCAUAGUUUUCUGCUAAGAUGUUAGAUACAUACUUAUGAAUGAUGGCUUUUCUCUCUUGAAUUUGUUCUUAUUUGUCACUUUUAACCCCUCUAAUAAAAUGUUACUAAUCCUUAUCACCGGUGUGGUUAUAGCGGUAUGUUACUUAUCUUCAAGAUACAGCAAUUGACUACCAAUGUAAUGAAAAUGUAGCAAUAACAGCCAGUGUGGUUGUAUUGGGUUAAUCAAUAAUGUCCUGCAAAUGACAAGUGUCUUUACCAUCAUUAAACAGUAGAAAUCAAGGGUC